AUAUACCCGAGCCUGAGGGACAAGGUGAUUUAUAGCCAUGCAAGGCUGUUGCUGACGUUUGUUACUAACUAACCAACCAACCAACCAACCGACUCACAGAGAAACUUGAGGAUUAGUUCAACUGCUUGUUCCGCAGCUAGGGCGAAAUAUCAGUAAGUGCAUGCGCAGCCGUCACGGUAGCUCGGGCAACGUGCCUGGUUACUGGUUUAUCAAGAUAAUACACUGGUUAAAUCUUGCUGUUGAUAUCACUGGUCGAUCUUGGUGACAAUGACGUAAUAAACACUGAUGACAGUGGUGAUCGAGGUUGUGGUGAUGAAAUGAUUUCCACCAUAAAUGGUGAGGAUUCUUCCACCAUUGGCGAGGACGGCGAGUGGUGAAACUUAAUUGGCUAUAUUGUGAGGUGAUGUCAUCAUACGUACGGCAAUGAAUAACGUUGGCGAUGGAAAGGGGUGGUGAUACAUUAAUGUUGAUGAUUGCAUGUCUGGAUGGUGAAAACAUGAUGAAAAUAACGAUUUAAGUUCUAGCAGGUAGCCCCAUGAUUCUAAGUGCGAAAAUUAUGAAAGUGGCGUCACCGUUUCACGCACGACGAAUUUAAGGGGCGACGGUUUGCCAAUUGACCGUCACUGAUAUACGAUGUUGAUUGUCACAAACAAGCCAAACAAUAACACAAAUAAUUUCAGCUUUAAACAGUAUUCAAUAUUCAAAGCAGCAAGUCACACCCAAUUUUCCUGCCAUAAAUAAUGUGGCUGGCCCUGGUCAAGGCCGCAAAACCAGCCAUCCAACGCCACUCACGCGACCCGUCUAAUAAUAAAACAGCACUUGUGAUUUUCUCUUGAAUGACCUCUUUGAUCAAGUAGCCUGGCUCCAGAACCGCACGUACACGCAUAACUAACGGCCGGAAACCAGACCGAGUCCGCACCUUUUUGGUGCACUCAGAAGUGCCGGAGACCAGUGUGUGAUGUGUCUAUGGGAUUUCGUUGACUGGUAACCAGCCAGCGUACGGAAGGUCGCAGCUGCGUGACGUAAGCAGUGGCCAGUAAACAUCGAUCGUCGUUGAUCAAUGUAGUAAUAAUUUGUGAAUGGAAUUCGUUCUUCGAUGGAAUCGUGAGUUUGUUCUCGCCAAAAAGGCCGUCUGGCGGACCGAUUCCGGCGUUGAUCUUGUAGCUGGGGAAAGCAAGAUGAACGCCACGACUCUCUACGUCUCUACGUGUCGGUAUAUCCUUCAGGCCGAACAUAAUGACCCGAAUACUUGGAGCGAUUUGUACCGACGACUGCCGUAUUUGCGACAGUCGCUUUCCUGCUGUGUGUGCGCAGGCCUGCUCAAGGAUCCGAUGGGCCCGUCCAACUCGACCUGCCAACACUUCGUCUGCCGUGGCUGCCUGGGCGGUAAAAUGCUCCUCAAGCCCUCCUGUAGUUGGUGUAAAGACUACAGCAUGUUUGCGGAGGUGAAACAGUUACAGAUUUUACUGUCUUGUUACAAAAAGCUGUGCGAGUACAUCGCUGACACACCGAUUGCGCGGAAUCUGGUCGGUGCAAACGGCGGAACGAGCAACCACAGCUCCGGUUUAUCGAUUUUGCAAGAAGGCAUGGCAAUCAACGACAGCCAUUACGAACGCAGUAGGUCGCAGGAUAUCUCAGGGUUUAAUAUAGUGGAGUACCUGGCCAAAGCGAGCAUGAACUCGAGCUCGGGAGCCGGGGGUAAAUCGGUGCAGAACGGUCACGACGGUCACGCCUCGGGGGCGGUAACGCCGCACCACGGUCACCCGGAAGUCAGCAGGAAUGCACAGGGCGUUCUCAACCACACAGAAGCACUGAACGGCAGUGAAGCGGAACCGUAUGUAUCAAUUGAUGGCAGUGUGGAUGAAUACUCAGUCACCAUCACCCCGAACUCGGACAAUAGCGCCUCGCCCAAGAUUAAAAUCAAGAGGAACAAGCGACUGGAGCUGGGGCAUCACUCACAGCCUAAGUCCAACCUCCAUGGAUUGAGCAUUGCAAAGGUCAAGCGGAAGUACCAGCGGAGGUCGAAGAACCUCCUCCUCGCGUCCAACGGACUGGUGGAUCUACACUCCUUAUCCAACACGCCUAGAAAACUCGUCAUUUCGGGUCACCGAGCGAAACUCUUGAAGGCGGGUCGCAAGCUGGAGAUUAAAGAAGGAUGUCGAUGUGGUACGGGGAGCAAGUACCCUGGCCUCAACACGUGUCAGGGUCAUCGCUGCCCUUGCUUUGUGUCAGAGGUGCCCUGUACCAAAUGCCGCUGUAAGGGUUGUCGGAAUCCUCUCAAAUCUUCAGAAGUCGGGGAUUAAGCCAACGCAAAUAGCCUCCGUGUGCCUAGCAGUGGUCAUCCUCUUUUAUUUAUUAUCUUGGUUAGCCUCAGGUGAUGGGGCACUGAUUUGAAUUCCGUGCCUCAUCCGAUGUUUGGUUGCUAUAGAAAUGAAUGAAGGAUGUGGCUGUUGUCCGGUACUUUGAGAUGCGAACAGAGCAAUGAAGUAAUUCUUGAUAAAAAGAUAAUUGGAAAAAUGUUGGGGGAAAGAAAGGUAGCUUUCUAGAUGAUUUUCAGAGUUGUCAACCUUUUUUUUGUCAAAAAGCUUACAAAUUCUGCUAUAUGAGUAAAAUCUUUUAAAACCAUAGGAUCAGAAUAUAACAAUUUCUUUCCCCUAUGUUGUAUCACAACUCUAGAUCAGCACCUGAUAACUAAACUUGGAAAAAUGGCUAACAAUAACAUUGCACAAAACACAACAACAUUUUAUGUUGGGCAGUUUUAGUUGUUUAAUUUUCUAUUGCUGAUGUCAACCCUUGUUUUAGUCUUAAAAUGGCAAUUUAAAACUCUGAAAAUUAACACAUGGCCAAAUUGCCCACAACUAGAUUUUCAGUUAGUCUUAUGUUAGAUAAAUACUAAAUAAAUUAAAAAAAAAAAGCAAAUUUUGUACACAACUUGAAAGUCCUUUAACAUUUGUUAAAAUAUAAUCUACUACGUACGGGUAAACCUUUUAAGUUAUUCUAGUUACAUUUGGUGUAUGUUAAUAAUGCUUUUAUUUUAAUUUGUAUCAUUUGCAAAUAAUUUCUAGAAUCUUUAUAGAUGAAGUCAUUGUCUGUUGUGAUCAUUUAAAAGAAAACAAUGUUAAACUACUUUGCUCACGCAGAUCAAGUUAAACAAAUUUUAUUUGUCCAAUUUUGUAUUUUACUAGUCCUGAAAAAAAAAUGCUUAACAAACUUGCAGUGUGUCCUUUCAAAAGUGUAGGCCUACAUUCAACCUCGUUUCCAUGGUUAUGUAUGUUGGGGGGAAAAAAGUUUACAAAAAUAUGUAUUGAUUGAACUUCAUACUGGUACUCUGGUACCGUAGCUGGUAACCCACCACCAAUCAUGUGCACAUGAUAGGUGCUCUUGUGAGGCACAAUCAAAAUUUUGCUUUUACCCCCGCCCUGCAAACAGGACGCUGGGAAGGGCUAAUCUCUUUGAGCUCUCAUUGGAUAGAUUUUGCGUGACCUGUGACAUAGAAUGCAGCGCACAAACUCGCUACAGCUGUUUAUCAUACGUAGCACGUGCUAGCUGCAUGCGAAGGUCAUGAUAAGUUACCCAGAAUGCCAUCCGUACUUCCUUCACAAGAUUCCGUGAAGUGGAUUAGCCCUUCCCAGUGCCCUGUUUGCAGGGCGGGGGUACGAGCGAAAAUCAAAUUAUGGUAAAGAAAAAUACACAACAUGGAAUCAUACACCAUGGAAACGAGGUUGACUUUUACUAAAUUUUGUAGAAAUUGUCAGAUUGUCACCUGAUGGAGAUUUGAAACACGACCAGUUAAACUUAUGCCGAAUUUUGCGUUCCAAGAACUGCCUUUGUUAUAUUUGUUUUUGUUUUGGCCGAAAUGGAGGUCGAUUUUAAAAUUGUAUUUGCUUUGCAUUGUGGGAAGGGCGCAAAUGUGAUGACGCUAUCGUUACAGCUGGAAUGUGACAUUCAUACACAUUUCAUUGUUUUCCUUUUUAUUUGAAUGAACUUUCAUAUGCAAAUCGUCACUGUGAGGACAAGGUCAAUGACUCGAAACUGAAAUAUAAACAUCCGUUUUCCUUGUUUCACUUUUUGUUUAACUUUUCAACAUCCGCCUAUUCAAAUCUUUGAAAAGUCAAACGUUGAUGAUUGGAGCUCAAAAGGACUCAAUUGUGAAUUUUUAGAUCGAAUUUUCAUUUUCCAAAUCGUGUAUUAUGUGCUGUUAUAAUACCAGAAAUGUCGUAAAUGUUCUUUAUUUUGUAAGAAAACUUAUUUCUUUAGCUGUAGAAGUUAUCACAGUUAUUUCUACCAAAAAAAAAAAAAAAUCUGAGCAAAUCUUCUGUUUCUUGGUGUAUAUAGAGUUGUAUAAUUAGGGGCAGAAGGGAGCGUAUAUUAAUUAUAUUCACCCUAUAAACUAAAGUGUACAAAAUACUUUGAGGCAGAAAUCUAAUGCAUACAGCUAAAAAUUCAUGAGAUUUCUUCAUUGUACAAAAACAAACAGAUUCUGGUGUAAAACAGUGAUGGCUUAAAAUUAAAGAUUAAGAUUCAGAAGCCGUAAAAACUCAUCACAUAAAA